UAUAUUUUGCUUCACGUACAGGACUUUACUUGCUUCAGGUUGUCUUUUUUGCUGCUGGUCUUCAUUCAGCUAGUACACACAGAACGACAUUUUACAUAAAGGGCAAUUCAGUUUCCUUGUGAAGCUCAAGUAUGGAUUUAAAAGACAAAGUGGCCUUUAUAACUGGAUCAGCAUCUGGCAUUGGCCUAGCAACUGCGGACUUGCUGCUGAAGCAUGGUUCAAAGGUGGCACUCUCAGACAUUGACACAAAAUUAGGGGCAGAAGCUCUAAACAAGCUGAUGACGCAAUACGGCGAAUCAAACGUCAUUUUUAUCAAGUGUGACGUCACAAAAGACGAAGAAAUUGAAGAUGCUCUCAAGAAGACAAAAGCAACGUUUGGGCGCUUGGAUAUCAUUAUGAACAACGCUGGGAUUGUGAAUGAAAAAGACUACAAGUUGUGUAUUAGCGUAAACGUGACCGCAGUUAUAAGCGGCACUCUGAUGGGAAUGGAAUAUCUGCGCAAAGACCGUGGAGGAAACGGUGGUGUUGUCUUGAAUGUGGCUUCUAUGGCAGGUCUUAAGCCAUACCAUUACUUUCCUGCUUACGCUGCUACAAAACAUGGAGUCGUCGGGUACACCCGUUCCAUUGCGCAUAGCAUGGCACCAGACAUAGCGAAUCACGGUGUUCGCUUUAAUGCCGUGUGCCCAGAUUUUACUGACACCCCGCUUGUUCGCGGACUGGAAACCAAGAAAAGCCUCGAAGAGAGAGGGGUGUAUCACAUGGAUGAACUGUCCAAGUUUAUUGCCAAAAAUGUGGAUGACAUGAUUAGAGUUUCCACUGUUGCAGAGAAUAUUGUGAAAUUACUAGCAGACGAGAAUAAAAAUGGCGCCAUUAUGCUGAUCAAGGAGACUGGAGCCUCCUUUUUGGAUUCCCCGGAUUUACCAAGUAUGAUAAACUCUGGCGCCAACUGUCAACCUUGAAGGACAAUGAAGGUCACACAUCAUUGUCUUUGACAGCACGGAUACAAAGCUGAGAUAAACAUUCCAUAACCGAAAAGCAAUUACUGUUAAACUGUCACAAUGGAAUUAACAUUUGGGAUGCGUUGCCAAUUGUCGCUUUUGUCCUUUUCUUUUAAUGUUGAAAUUUCUCAACUUACAAACCAAGCCCAGUAAUUAUGAUAAACAAAUAAAUGAGUAAAGGCAUUUAAUAAAUAAUUAAAUAUACCCAAUUAUUGAAUUAAAAGGUUUGCUCUUGAAUGGCCGCAACGGUUACUUGAUUAAUAUGUUUUAUCAUCAACGGUAUCUCUUUGCUGUGUGUUCGGUAUAGCGGUGGCAUAUAUAGCAAAAAAAACUUGAAGUGCACUAUGCUCACUGCAUUGUAUUAAUCUGCUGCAGCACUUGUUUUCUUUUUAAUAAAUCAAAUCUAUGGUCA